AGUUUGUUUGUUGGUGUUCUAUGAGAUAUGUGAAACUGACACUGACAUUCAAAUAACCUCACUUUUCACCACCCAAAAACUAAAUAAAGGUGAAAAUCAUUAUACAUGAAUUUCAAAUGCUAAUAUGAAAUGUUUAAUAGUUUCGUUGGGUAUUCUAUUUAUUUGCCACCUAGUUCAUUCCUAUGAAGGUACUAUUACCGAAGAACUUUUAAUUAAACCCCUCUAUAGCGAACAAGUAUACACACAUUUUCAAUUUUCCACUAAAUGGGAUAUAGAUCCAGAUAAAGAAACUUUCCGUCAUAGCCCUUUAUUUCCAAGACCUCUGGGUGAAAUAGUCCAAAGAUUUGAUAUUCAAGAAUUGCAUGUGACUUUAACCAGUGGUUUGUGGAGAUAUGAAAAAUGGGGCUAUCCUGUCAAAGAUGCAGCUACAGGUGUAGAAGUUUUGGCUUGGUUUAAACCAGGUUCAGAUGUAGACAAAAAUUGGAAAUUACUAGCUAAUUCUCUCUCAGGAUUGCUUUGUGCUUCACUGAACUUUAUUGACAAUACAAACACUAUUAAGCCAGAAUUUUCAUUCCGGCCAAGGGGCAUUCUAGAAUCAAAUUUGUUAAACAAUUCAUAUGUCAGAUAUGCCAAUCUACCACAUGAAAUAGUAUGCACAGAGAAUUUAACGCCAUGGAAAAAACUGUUGCCUUGUGAUUCAAGAACAGGGCUGGCAUCAUUAUUAAACUCGGGCCAUAUCCAUAAUACUCGUUAUCACUCAAUAGGUUUGCAUUUAAGACCCGUUUGUAGGGAUAAGUCUUGUGAAUCAAUGUCAUUAGAGUUGCAGCAAACUGUUUCGUUAGUCUAUGACUACCUUAUUCUCGGUACAAAAAAUUGGUCAUUAAGGAAACUUUUUGGACAAGGUAUUAAUCGAAAAUGUGUAUUAGUGAGUAAGAGUGAUGUUUAUGUUGACACAACAAAUCAAGAUAUCGAACUGGAACCUCCACCAGAUGAAACUGUUACAUCGGUGCGAGGAGGACAAGUAACUACACUUCAAAAAUACAUAGUUUCAAAUCAGUUUUUAAAUAUUUAUGCCAAGUUCCAAAAUGCUGAUCUGGUAUCUUUAAAUUUACCACCUCCUCUACAUGCUAAUCAGUAUUUGUCGGGUUAUGGGCAAGAACGAGGUGGAAUUGUUACAAAAAUUUAUAACAAUCAUUGGAAGCAAAUUGACGUUGUUUUGAUGCAAAAUAUACCCUGGUUUAUUCCGAUUUAUUUACAUACAUUAAAAGUGACAGCUGACGGACGAGAUAUAAAACCAAUUCAAUUACGUUACAUUCCAGCCAGACAGAGAGAAAGACCAACUUACCUAGAAGUUCUUUUAACUGUACCUGCUAGAACAGCUACUUCAGUAGUCAUAGACUUUGAUUAUGUUUUUUUAAAGUGGCAGGAAUACCCCCCUGAUGCUAAUUUCGGGUUCCACAUUGGAUCUGCAGUAAUAUCUUCUUAUCUACCGGUAGCAAGGAAUUAUACCGCUGUUCCAUGGGAUGGAUCAUUAAUUUCAGACAGCUUCAAUGCAUCUCGUAGUGGUUACUUAGUAGAAGUAAGAACUGAAAAUCUGAUAAUAACAUUACCGACUCCUGAUUUUAGUAUGCCAUAUAAUGUGAUAUGUUUAGCUUGUACAGUAGUUGCUUUAGCUUUUGGACCGUUGCACAACAUUACAACUAGAAAACUUAUUUUGAAAUCGAAGAGGAAGGUUUUAUUGAUAGAAAGAAUCAAAAAAUUUUUGUUUUCAUUGAAGAAGACAAAAACAGAGUGAGUGUGUAUGUGUGGGUGUAUUAUUGUAUUCUUUUUUAUUUGUUCUGCAAUAAAAGACUGAAAAUUCAAUAAAAAAAUACAAAAUUAAA